AUGCCUCACUCUUUCGGUCUCCGUGCUCGUACCCGUCACAUGUUCUCUCGUAAGUUCAGAGAGCAUGGUUCCAUCCCUCUCACCACUUACUUGAAGACUUACAAGGUUGGAGAUAUCGUUGAUAUCAAGGCCAAUGCUGCCGUCCAAAAGGGUAUGCCCCACAAGUUCUACCACGGUCGUACCGGUGUCAUCUACAACGUCACCAAGUCUGCCGUCGGUGUCCUCGUUCACAAGAACGUCGGUAACCGUUAUUUGGAAAAGCGUGUCAACGUCCGUGUUGAACACAUUAAGCAUUCCAAGUGUCGUCAAGAGUUCUUGGAUCGUGUUGUUACCAACGCUCAAAAGAAGAAGGAAGCCAAGGAAGCUGGUGUUUCUUUCAACUUGAAGAGACUCCCCGCUCAACCUCGUGAGGCUCGUCAUAUCUCUACCAAGUUCAACGUUCCCCAAACUAUUGCUCCUAUUGCUUACGAAACUCUUUUGUAA